AUGACUUCCGACUCGGCCCCCAAAGCGCCCAAAGGGGGUAUGUCCCUUUAUGCAAAUUUACUGGGAGACUCCACAGAUUCUCCAGGGACCAUCUCUCGGGCGCCAGUCGUCUUCAAACAGAGCUCUGAACCCGAGCCGCAAGCUGAGGACUCAACUGCCAAAAAGCAACAAGUCAACACUGCUUCUCUCCGUUUUCAACCCACAAAAAGACCGCAGCUCGCGUCGCAAAAGGCCAAGGCCAAGCACACUCUACCCAAGACAGCACCUCAGCCCACUCCCAAUCAGCCUUCAGUGCCACCCAAGAGUACCAUAAGCGACUGGACUUCCAGACAAGACGAUGAUGAAUAUUACCUGGAAAAUAAACGACCGCGCGGCGGAAGAAAGAAGCGCAAGAAGAACCCCCACGAACCAGUUCACGUUGCUGAGGACUGGAACGCGCCCUAUGAUCCCACCUGGCCAACCAGUUACCCGGAGUACCGUGAUGGCGAUGAAAAGGUCCGGGAAGUCCGUGAAUGGAAGGACCACCUGUACAAGCGGAAACGUUCUCCAACCGGAGACUCGGACAGUGAGGAUGAGCGACCUCGUCAAUUCGCACCCCCAAGCUUUGCACCACCGCCCAACCUCAAUGAUGUGCCUCCGCCACCACCGGAUGAUGCGUCUGGGGAGGAUGCAUUUGCUCGUCGCGCGACUUUAGCCCAACAGGCCGACGAUGCACCUCCGCCCGCGGUUUCAUCUAAUAUCCCACCGAAAUCAUUCGAGACUUUCCAACCCAGCUCCGCAACCAUUUCUCGGGCACCGGUCCGCUACGCCCUCCCACCACCCCCAGAAGACAUCCCUGCAUCAGAAGCUGAACUCGAAGCUGCACUGGCACAAGAUGAACAAGAUGAAGACCAGGAUGAAGAUGCGCCUCGCUCAAACCGGCCUGGUCAAAAAGGCUUCGCAGAAAGAUUGCUCUCCAAAUAUGGAUGGACCAAAGGGUCUGGUCUUGGCGCUACUGGUUCUGGCAUAGCGAAGCCUCUCCGUGUCCAGGUUGAGAAACGUAAGAAGCGGCCAGAUUCUGAAGGAGGUGGCUUUGUGACGCCUGCCGGGCGUGGUAAGAUCAUUGGAAGCAAGACUUCAAGCCAAUAUGAGAGCAAGUUUGGGCCUAUGUGCGAGGUCAUCGUUCUUCGAGGCAUGCUAGAUGGGAUUGAUAUCAACUCGGAGCUGGAGAGCAGCCAGGGGGUGUAUGGAACCGUGGAGCGAAUCUUCAUUGAUCGCACCGCUGAAGCUCCUGUUCCCGUGUUUGUCAAAUUUGUCAGUCCGCUGUCUGCUCUACGGGCUGUUAAUGCCCUGGAAGGUCGCAUCUUUAAUGGCAACACUAUCGUGGCACGGUUCUUUGAUCGGGAGAAAUUUGAUCAGGGUAUCUAUGUGGACUGA